AUGGUUGGUUAUUACAAUAACUUGAACUACCCGGGCCACUCCAGAUACAGUGAUAACUCACUGCCGAGAAAUGGCCAGCAUGAAUAUGGACCGAAUACAUAUCGUUAUUAUAAUGGUAUAAAGCGCAUUAGUCGAGAAAAUGACGAUUACGAGCAUAUUAGGCAUGAUGGGCGUGAUAAUGAUAAUAUAGUCAACGACAGUGAUCCAUUUAAAAGGCCUACACCUAUUUUGAAGUGGAAUUCAUCAAGUUUUAAAGAGAAAUUUCACUAUUUUGACGUCAAUACUAAAAGACUUCUAAAUGAAAAUAAGAUGCAAAAGUGGCAUAAUGAGAAGCUACCACCGACAGGAUAUGUGAUUAUGCAUGAGAAUACUGCAGGACAAGUACGUGCGUUUAGGCAGGCUCGAAGUCCUUAUGAGAAAGCGAGCGAUCCCAGGAGCAUGGAGCCAUCUCCGAAGACAUACAGGAAGGUGAGGACAUCCCUGACGUUACUGCCAAGAAUAGUGUACGACUCGCAUUCUGUGGGCCCAGAGCCCCCGAAAGAAAUUGUUAUAUAUCCAAUUUACAAGGAAGCAGUCGCUUCGGUUCACGAUUCUAUUAUUAAGAACUUCUUUAGUACAUUUGGAGAGAUUGCUCAUUUUGAAAGCUUCACAGACCCUAAUAAUGCUCUUCCACUUAAUAUAUAUCUGAUACGAUACACUGGACAUGAAAAUAAUAUGGACAGUCCUUACAAAUCGGCAUACAAGGCGGUGAAGCAUUUUUCCAAGCAACCCUAUUUUGUUUCCGGGAUAAAGUUUACGGUAAAAUUGAAUAAAAAUGGUAUCUUGAAGAGAACUAUUGAUAAAUCUGUUAACGAAAAUCAGAAUCGCGCUGCAAAGUUACGACAAGAACAAUCUAAGCACAACAAACCCGAUGAUAACAGUUCUAAUGCCCCGUCGUUGUCUUCUCCACCUAAUUCAUCAUUGGCGAGCCUGCUUCUGAAAAUACCUCCAGAUCUUGAGAAGAUCGUAGAUAAUAAACCAGUUCUUCGUGUUUCCGGGAAAUUCUGCUUCUUACACGGAAUUACUAGUGAGGACUUCAAGUAUGCUUUAAAAAACUAUAACUGGUGUCGUGUUAUAGAGCACCAUACUGGUAUUUACAUUACCUUUCGAGGGCUAGCGGAAGCAAAGCGAUGCUUACAAUCGGAAACUCUCAAACUAUCUAUAAUGUCCCGAAGACGAAGAGCACCUGUGAAAAUCAAAUUCCUGUUAAUUGAGCCAAGUACAAAGCAUGCCAACAUCAAUAAAAUUCGUAAUGAUAAUAAUACUGGCCCAAAAACAUAUUCGUCGGUGAGUGAAUUUAUUGACGCAGCAUAUGGGCAUAUAAUAAAAGAAUUGAAAAGUACCCUGCAUAAAGAUAUUAGAAGGAGAAUAAUAGGCCCUACUAUAUUUGAUACUUUGAAUCCUACGAACUAUCCAGAUAUAGUGUCUAAUAGACAAAAAAGCUUGGAAGAAAAGAAGAAGCUAGAGCAAGAAGAAGCCGAGAAGACUAAACAAGAUGUUAUAUCUGCUGCUGCAUUUGAUAUUUUCAAUCUGUAUGGAACAUCUUAUAAGCGUAGGCAAUUGGAAAAGAAGAAGAGGCAUUCUUCAAGGGAAUCAUCAGCAGCAAAGGCUUCGAAAAAUAGAAUGUUGUCUGGAGAUGGCAGCCCAAUGGCUCAUCUCUUAAACUAUGAUUCAUUAUCAAGAGAUGAUAAUCAUGCCCCAACAAUUAAAGAGACGGACUUUGACAUCUCUUCCUCUUCUGAUGAAGACGAAAUUUAUCAUGACGAUAUAAUCGAGCAACCAGAGCUAAAGAAGUUGAAACUCGAAUCUCCAGUAAAGCCAUCGAAAACGGUUUCAGUCGAAAGUGGAACUGCUAGACUGUCGGAAGAUAGGAUGAAGGAGCUCAUGAGUUACCCAGAGAAAUAUAGACCUUUGGCUAGCCAAUUACCUGAAACUAUUUAUCCGGUUUCAGACUUCGAGCGCAAAGAUGGACCAAUUUCGAUAGUUGAGUUACAGCAAUCUAUUAAGGAUGCUGAAGAUUUACAGCUUGUGAAGAAAGUCUUGGGUUACAAGGAAGAAGAAACCUAUAACGUUGUCUCUAAUAUAGAGUACUAUGCUUGGAAACUUCACAGAGAUCACAGGGAAAGGGAAAACAGCAAAAAGGCAUUAAUGUUACUGAACGAUGUUCCAUUCCAUCCAAAACUACGUUCUGCUUCAGGAUGCUUUAAAGCGGAAGGCUUUAGAAAGAUCCCCGACAAAUUAAAAUCAUGUUACUUGCCCCACAGACGUAAGCUCUUCCAACCUCUGAAUACAGUUAAUCACCACAGCGGAGACAAUAUUCAUAGUAGCGAUCCAAGGAAAGGUGACCUGGAAAAUAAAGACCAGAAAAACCAUACACCAGAGCCAUCGUCUUCAAGAGUGAAUAGAGCAUUACAACGCAGAUUCCAGCAAGACAUUGAUGCCCAAAAAGCUGCUAUCGGAACAGAAUCAGAACUGUUAUCACUGAACCAACUAACAAAACGAAAAAAGCCUGUUACCUUUGCUAGGUCUGCAAUUCAUAACUGGGGUUUAUACGCAUUAGAACCUAUUGCUGCAAAGGAAAUGAUAAUUGAGUAUGUGGGAGAAAGAAUUCGUCAGCCUGUCGCUGAAAUGAGAGAAAGACGGUAUCUGAAAAGUGGCAUAGGUUCUAGUUACUUAUUUCGUGUCGAUGAAUCUACAGUUAUUGAUGCCACCAAGAGAGGAGGGAUUGCAAGGUUUAUCAACCAUUGCUGUGAGCCUAGUUGUACCGCCAAGAUCAUAAAGGUUGAUGGUACAAAGAGAAUUGUGAUCUAUGCAUUGCGAGAUGUUGCUCAGAAUGAGGAAUUGACCUAUGAUUACAAAUUCGAAAGAGAAGCUGAUGAUCAAGAAAGGUUGCCAUGUCUAUGUGGCGCCCCAAGCUGUAAGGGUUUCUUGAAUUGA